UUCACUUUUUAAAGAUUUGAUUUUUUAUUUUUUAUUUUUUGGUAAAAAUGUGUCUGCAGCAGGCAGCAGACAGAGUAAAUAAUAAAUGGAGGGUACAAAAUUAAAAGCUUUCGCUGCAGAAAAAUGAAAGUGAAAAGCAAAAAAAUAAAAAAGAAAAUAAUGUGAAAAUAUAAAUCCCAUGCAUUUAUGGUAUUGAGAUUCUUUUGUUGCCUCAUUUCGUAUCAAUUCAUCAUAUCACAGUUUAUCAGCUGUCUCUCUCCUCACUUUCUCUCUCUCCCACAUACUACACACACUGCUAUUCACUUUUCCUCAUUAUUCCUGUACGUUUUCUUUUUCACCCUUUCUUGAAGACAAUUUUGUUGUUUAAUUAAAAAUUUUAAUCUUUUUCAUAUAUGCUAUUUUGUGUUCUGUUUUCUCUUCUUUCCUUUCUCCCCAANGAUAUUAUUACUAUUUAGAAAUGGGCAAAAGCAAUGAGGAUAGAAAAGAAGAAAAGAAGAGAAAGGGAAGAAUUUUGUGCUGUGAAAGGGAGGGUUUAAAGAAAGGAGCUUGGACUGCUGAGGAAGAUAAGAUUCUUGUUGAUUUUAUUACAAAAAAUGGGCAUGGGACUUGGAGAAAUCUUCCUAAACUUGCAGGGCUGCUUCGUUGUGGGAAGAGCUGUCGACUUAGAUGGACAAACUAUCUUCGACCCGACAUAAAACGAGGUCCUUUUACUCCCGAGGAAGAGAACACAAUUAUUCAACUGCACGAGUCGCUUGUAUCGAAACAUUAUUUCUCGUGCCACGUGUCUUUAUAUUAUUCGUCCAGGUGGGCCGCCAUAGCCUCCCACUUACAAGGAAGAACCGAUAACGAUGUCAAAAACUUCUGGAACUCACAUUUGCGAAAGCGCUUUAGCAACCGAGCUCUCGACCCGAAACCGAAACCGAACUCGAACCCAAACUCUCCCGUGACCCGCCACAUGGCGCAAUGGGAGAGCAUCCGCCUGGAGGCCGAGUCUCGACUCUUGUCCAAACCGGGGGGCCCACAGCAAGGCGAUUAUUACUUAAACCUAUGGAACUCAGAAAUCGGGACUUCCUUCCGUAGUAAUAAUAAAGUCAACGAUCUCGCACCACCAAACUCCUCCCCCCAGAAUUCGUCCGUCACGAAAGUCGAGUCUUGCAAGAAAAGUGGGGACACUUGGCGCAAAACCGAGGUGGAUGACGUGGCGACGGCUCGUUCGGACAUGACUUCGAAAUCAUACGAGGAUCAUCAGUUGAUGAUGCAUGAUGAUGACUCGUCGGAUGGUAUGAUGAAAUUGCUGCUCGAUUUUCCAUUGGUGGACGAUUAUGACCUGGCGUUUUUUGGGGGAGCCGACGUGUAG